AUGCUUUCUUCCUUUGUUGGCUGGAUUAUGUUCUCUUCCUCUUCCUCUUCCUCUUCUUCCUCCCAAUACGAAGCAGAAGAAGACGACGACGACGACUCGCGAAACGACUGCGUUUCGACUGAACCUCGUGAUCACAUUGACAUUAAUAUCACCAAUGACGAGGAGAAAAACGACGUCGUCUCGGCUGACGAUGAUCGCGAUAUUCCGGUCGGCAUCGCUGUCCCCACCGACGCCUUCGCCUCUGUAACCGUGGCACUCCCCGCCACCGUGGCCCCGAUAGGCGAUCGCGAUCGCCCUUCGAUUGCAACCACCACCACCGUCAUCGGGAAUCGAAAACGGCGUCGCAAUGACGACGUCGACGUCGACGACGAUGAGGAUGGUCGGAGACUGUUCCAUAGGCUUUGGACGAAGGAGGACGAGAUGGAGCUCUUGCGAGGCUUCCUGGACUACACAACGCGACGUGGCAGCACUCAGUGCAAAGACACCGCAUUGUUCUACGACCAAAUCCGGUCAAAGCUCCACGUGGCUUUCAACAAGAACCAGCUCUUGGAAAAGCUCCGCAGGCUAAAGAAGAAGUACCGAAACUUUCUUCACAAAAUCGGCUCCAACAAAGAGUUUUCUUUCAGGAACGCUCACGAUCAGGCCACGUUUGAAAUCUCUCGUAAGAUCUGGGGCGUUGAUCAUGAUCAACCAAUUAGUCAUCAUAACCUUGAUAGCCUCAAUCUUGUCAAUGUUAAGGUGGAGAGCGACGAAGUUGUCGGCGAUUGGAGGCCCCCGAAGCCGACGAAGUCCCCGUUAGGCUUGAGGAGCAAUGAGAAGCACGUAUCGAACAAUGGGUCGACGUCAAAUCAAAAGAACGACAGCGUAUCGGAUUCGAUGGAGGAGACAGUGAGGAGUUGCUUGUCGCCGUUGUUUAAGAAGCUGUUGAGUAAUGCAUUGAGUCCGAUGCCGGCGACGUUGAAUUUGGUGGGUGGGGAAGCGGCGGAUGAGAAGUGGAGGGAGCAGCGGAUUUUGGAGUUGGAGGUGUAUUCGAAGCGGUUGGAGUUAAUACAGGAUCAGAUUAAGGGAGCAUUGGAGGAGUUGCGGUCUAUGGGAGGGUGA